CACCUGUUACAUAAGGAGGGGGCGGGCGGCCCCGGCGAGUCCUCACUCGCCUUGCCGGUCCUAUCGGGUCGCCAACCACAGGCCCCGCCGCUCCGGCCCAGCCCGGCCCUGCCCGGCCUGGCUUCCCAGGCCGGGGAUGAGGUCGCCGGGCGGGCGGGAGGGCGGCCGGCGGCGGCAGCAGGAGCAGCAGCAGCAGCAGCAGCAGCAGCAGCGGUGGGCGGCCGCCGGAGCCAUGGCGGAGAGCAAGGCGGACUGGAUGGGCUCGCUGCCGGCGGCGCUGCUCUCCUACCCGCUUUCCAACCUGGCCAUCCCGGGGUCGCAUGAUUCUUUCAGCUACUGGGUUGAUGAGAAAUCUCCUGUGGGGCCAGACCAAGCUACAGCUAUCAAACGCUUGGCCAGAAUUUCUUUGGUUAAAAAGAUCAUGAAGAAAUGGUCAGUGACUCAAAACCUGACUUUCAAAGAGCAAUUGGAAGGUGGGAUCCGCUACUUUGAUCUUCGGGUAUCUUCCAGACCUGGAGAAAUGGGACAAGAGAUUUACUUCAUACAUGGCUUGUUUGGCAUCAAAGUCUCGGAUGGACUGAAGGAGAUUAAUAGCUUUCUUGAGCAGCACCCCAAGGAAGUGGUCUUCUUGGAUUUCAAUCACUUCUAUGCCAUGGAUGACAGUCAUCACUUCUUCUUGAUCAACAAGAUACGCUCAGCAUUUGGAUCCAAACUUUGUUCUGUUGAAUGUGUAGAACAUGUGACAUUGCAGUACAUGUGGGAGAAGAAACAUCAGGUUCUCAUAUUCUACCACUACCCGUUGCAUCAGGAAUACCCCUUCCUGUGGCCAGGGAAUAAAAUGCCAGCACCAUGGGCUAAUACAACCAAUGUACACAAACUACUGCAGUUCCUGGAGACCACUCUCGAGGAGCGAAGUCGAUAUGGGACUUUUCAUGUUUCUCAAGCAAUUCUCACACCUCGAGUCAAAACUAUUGCACGGCAUCUAAUUCGUGGUCUGAAGAACACACUUGUUCACAGGAACCUGCCCAUGAUUUUGAAUUGGGUGAAAGCACAGAAGCCGGGUGUCAUGGGUGUUAACAUAAUUACAUCAGACUUUGUGGAGCUGGUUGACUUUGCUGCUACAGUUAUUGCAUUAAACGACCUCCUUUUAGAAGAGGAUGAAGCUGCAACUAAAUCCUGAUUGCUGUGUCCGACUCAGGCUCCUCAGUGAGCAUCCUCAAACUCGGCUAUGUGUUUAUUUAUUUAUUUAUGUGAAAUCUAUUGUAACCUUUGUUUAUUUAACAGAAAGCUAGAAGAGAUGUGGUUAAACAUUACAUACAGACGGGUCCCUUCUCCCAGUGGUGUGGUGGAACAGAAUAGUGCUGUCUGAAUGGUGCUGAGUGUCUGUGGCUCCGUGUUUGACUAAGUUAUGCACACAUCUGCUGCAGCCUGGCGUGGUCUCUGCCUGCCAGCAAGGGGCUGACCUCCGCAGCAGAUGGACCCCAUUAUGGUACAAGUCUCCCUGGAGACCAGACUCACCGGGCCCUUCUGCCUGCAUCCCGCUGGUUCCUCAACUCCAGGGCUCAAACCAUGGAUUGCUGCUGAUCCUGGAGCCUCAGUAUGGCCAGGCUGUCUGGAACAGUAUUGUACUUGGGCUACCUCGGGCUUAGCUGGAGGCUGCUGCUGUCUUCAUGAAGCUGUUUAUGACACUACCUCUUAACUUGAAGAAACAAUAUUGCUGUUGUGCAGGGGAAGCUGUUACACUGUAUUGAGUAUCUCAACUCUCCUGGUCUGAGAGGGAAGGGUUUGUUGUGCUGUCUCCACUCUUCUUCUGCACCUCUUCAGUAUGUUUGCAACAAUGUUUAAGCUUGUUUCUUUUGGCAUUAAUCUGGAGAAUAUUUCAGUCUUCAAAUUGUGAGGAGUGUAACUCAAAAAUCUGAAUUCCUGUUGUAAGGUGCUUGAGAAACCACAGUGGAGCCUUCUCUUUUGCUAGCUGGUUACUUGUUUUUUUUCCACCCCUUGAGUUUUCUUUGGGGAAGGUUUCUCACCCAGACAGCCUUUCUCUGAAAGGAGCUGGGCUAAUCAGAAAUUUGCGUGGUGUUUGAAGAGCUCAAGGUGACAAGGACUGCUCAAAACCCAAGUAUUGAAUCUCUGAUUUGUAAUGGGACAGUGAAUUCUGAAAUAGAAUCCAAAAGUUGGGUUUACAGUAAAGAGGUACAGCUACAAGGGAAAAAUUUCCUCAGCUUGCCCCUGCUAGUGACAAAGUAAGCAAGAGUUAUGCAAGCACAGGCAGCUGUCAGUGCUGCUUUCUGUAGUCAUUUUUGUGUUUUUGAACUUAUUUUUGUGUUGGUUCACAACAAAAUGUGACCAUAUGUGCUUGAGCCAGUAUAGUCACAUGUUGGUACUUAUCAGCACUUAAUUGACUAGCUGGUAGCAUUCCUACAGUCUGAUUUAUCUUUACUUAAAAACAACACAAAAAUAAUACAAGAGUGACUGAUUAGCAGAUAUUUCUCUGCUUGAUCGUCUUGACAAAGCAACUAUUGGUACACUAAUCAGUCAUGAAUUUGUAUUAAUCUAAGCUAUUUAUCAUAGAAUGUAUCGUUAUAGAUAUUCAAAAGAAAAGUGAAGCUCCAUAUUUAUUUUGUUAUUGUAUCCUGUGUUUGCCAUUAUUUGACAGCCCACGAAAAUCUAAAACUACUUUGGUUUCUUGUCACAAAUUCAGAACUCCAAGUUUAUCUACAGGUUUGCAAACCUUCCUUGUGAAGCUUGACUGAGUUUUGAGCAGACCAUAAUCUGAUUUAUGUUUGUGGCAUGGUUUUCAUUAGAAUUCUUUGAAUUUUUUUUAACUGAAUCCUUUUUCUGAAGUGAGUUGGUGUCUGUGUCUCAAGCUAUCUUUCUCCUUUUCUCUUGUGUUUUUGUGAUGGGGACAAGUAAUGAAAAUCACUUUCUGGGAAUGAAAGCUCAAGUAGCUAGAAACUUCCUUUGAAAACUCCAGCAGAAGUUUAUUAUUUGUUGGGUUUUUUGUUGAUGAAACUGUUGGAACCUGUUUUGAACAGCACUUUUUUGUUUGAAGUUAUUUAAAAUACUUGGAUUUUCAUUAGAUUAAUUCUGUGUUAGCCUGUUUUUCUCACAGCCUAAACUGAAACUCCAAUGGUAGUGUUAAGUCUGUGGGUUUGAUUUCAGAGGUCUUUUAGCUGCAAAUGGUUUUAGAGCUCAAAACUUGGAAAAACUUGAAUGCUGAUGAGGCAAAAAUAUGUCUGAAAGGUCUCCUGCAGAACUGAAGGGCAAGGCAAGAAGUUGAAAUUAGUAUGAUGUUUGCAUUCAACCCUUAAUAUAUUUUGUACUGUAUAUGUCUACCUCAAAGAUGUAUUUGGCUUAACCAAUAUUUGUUGUGUGUGCAGAGUAAUGACUUGAUAGUUCUCCUGUUAGUAUUUAUUUGAACAGAGAUGUGAUGGUUGUAACUCAGGGCUUUGGUUAGAUAUUUUUAAAUAUAAAGUUUUUGUAACAUCUGCUAUUAGCCUCUUGAAAUAGGACAAAGGCAUGCCAGGUGUUAAGAGUCAGCAGAGUGAAAAACUGGAUUAAUGAUGAAGGGAAAAGAAAACAUUUGUCAGUUUGGCCUGUCUGAAGUGUUUUAUUUCAGAGCUGUGCUUGGUGCUGUGCCUCUGUGCGAGGAAUCUGACAGCCUCAGUGGUGAGUUAGGCAAUUGAUAGAUAGAACUGUCUGCAACAGGGUAUCUUCUGGGGGUACUUUGACAAUGUUAAUGCUAAUGUUUAGAGUUGCUUUUAGGGUAACUCUAAACCAUCCUAAGCAAUAUGAACUCCCUUUCUCCUAUUGCACAUCAUAGACCAUAACAAAGCUGCCCUUGUAAUAGGCUUACCUCUGACACAGCACCGCAGCAUAUCCAGAUUCCUUCACACUUCACAAAACAGCUCAUCUAGACUUGGACUUUGGGCUGCAGACUCUUUUCUGUCAUUAUGAAAAAAGUGAGCUGGGCAGGAAAAGGAGGAUCAAGGAUGUAGAGCAGUAGUUUGCAUCCAGUGCUCACACUGAAGGUGUGGCAGUGUUUAGCCAGGUUUCAGGCAGCCAAGUGGAGCAGGUCUGGCAGGUGAGUGACAGGGGCUGCAUCUCCUACUAAGUCAGCUGAGUGUCCAGCAUCUCUGUGGGCUGCAGCUGGGUGGAGUAUGGAGCAACUGACAGCCUGCAAGGUUACGGAUGGAUGAGUUUGAGGAAAAUAGAGGUUGGCAUGAAUGCAGGAGAAGGCUGGGGGUUCCUUGCUUUUGAGUAAGAAGCAAGACUAAAAAACUGUAUUCAACAGAUGCAGGUCUUGCUUCCCCCAGGCAGUAGGGUUCACUUGGAAAGAGUUUGUGUCAGAUUCCCCUAGCACAGUUGUUCUGGGGACUUGACCAUUCUGUAGGUGCUAGGAGAGGAAAAGCCAGGAAGCUAGUAGCUGCUUGUGGCAAAAUACUUAACUUUAUUGCAUAUUUGUUAAUAAUUACUUGUAUGGUUCAUUACUACAGAUUCAGGUUAUUUGUAUGUUGUGUUAUGACAGUUGUUCUGAUGUGCGGUCACUGAAUGCCAAGCACUCUGGUAUGCCUGUUCUCCUGGCACUAAUUGCUGCCAUGUGCAAUUCAAGAGCAUGCUUGAGGGACAGGCCUGUAUGAGGAACAGCAGCAACAUCAGUUGUAGGAAAAACUGUGGGAAACAUCAGUUUUUAGUAUCUGGCUGUGUGCUUGUAGGUAAAAACAGAGGGGAUUUAUUGUUUGAUUUUGCAGACUGUCAUUCGCUCAGCUUCUUAUUUGGGAAUUGCUAUCCUAAAUAUAUUAUAGUUGGUGGAGCUGGGAAUUGUAUUGUUCUUUUUUGAGAACCAAGCACAGAUUCCUGCUGUACAGUGUUAUCUUAGCAACUGAAGGGAUACCAUCUUGAAAUGAAGAGCAUCCCACUAGAGACAGUGGUGGCAAGGCAAGUUUUGGGGGUUCUUUGGGCAGUGAGAGGUGUCAGAUUGGUGCUAACUUCAGAGCAGAAGUGCUUAUUGCAAGAAGACCCUUGUUCUGCUAAAGAGAUUCUGGUAAAGAAAUUAGUAACAGGAAAAAGAGUAUCUUUGCUCCUGAAAAAUGCUGUUUUUCUCUCUGUUGGUGCUGAGUUAACGUGUUGGAAUUUAGAAAGCACCUGUGUUGUAAAGCUGAAGUGCUUCUGAGCAGGGAUUUUGACUCAAACAGAAGUAGGGCAUCUGCCAAGAUGUUUUUAUUGUUCUUAUCUGUCUAAGCCUUUUUGGAAAUAUUUUCUUUGCAUACCUGGCUCUGAUGUUGGAGUUCAUUGUUAUGUUAUCUAGCAAACCAGGGGUUAGGAUGUCUAUAGAUAGAGGACCUGACCAUUUGAUUUUUAAAUAGGGCCAAACAAGGAAUUCUGACAAAACAUAUGUGACUGAGGCUUAAGUUGAAUAUAAAAUAUUUUACAUGGUCUAUAUGCAGUUCUAGUAAAAUGUUCAUCUAGACCUUAGUAUGUUGGUACCCAUCCCUAAUAAGUAAAUUCUUCAGUGAGAGGACACAACUUUAGACAAAUCUUCACUGGUUGUUUAAGCACAGAGAAAUUGUCUAAAAUGACCCAAAACUUCACUGGAGAAUCAAGUAUAGUCCUUUCAGCAGUGGGGAUUGUUUUGCUUCUCUGUGUCUGACUAAUUCUUUUUUCAGCUUUGUUUUUUGACUCCAUAAACGGGUAAAAGAGCCAGAGAAUAUGCUGAGGAGGAAAUAAAUUUUAUGCUAAGGAUGUGUAUGUUGAGCUAACUGUGAUAAUGUCAUAGUGAUUUAGUUGGUCAUACCCUUCAAUUAUAAUCUUGUUAGCUGUUUGGAUUAGGUGGUUAUAUUAUUCUUUUUUUAUAUUAAAAAAAAUCGGUCCCACUGACUCAAAGUCUGUCUUGUUGAAAUGUGUAUACAUUUGUAAGCAUAGUUACUUGUUCUAUCUCCUUAUCAAGUAGACAGGCUUUAUCUUUUUAAAUGUAGAGACUGGAAAGGAAUGCCAGCUUUAAACCUGUUGAAUCUAAUUAUUUUAUAUUUCUGAGUAUUUAUGUAUUCAUUGAAACGUUACUUUUCUUACCCUUAGACCUGUGGUCACUUCUGUAUCUCACUUCAAUCGAACUGUAGCAUAUUCUUAAAGUAUUGAUCCUAAUUAAAAAUAAUUUAUAUGGUUCCUUAUUUUUGCUCAUUAUCAAAUGUAUUUUGUAGUUGGAUUUUUUGUUAUAUGGUUGAAGGGGGUAGAGUGCCAUGUGAAGGGGAGUUACCUAUUCUCCAUUUAUAUUUGUGCAGUUUCUCUCCUUUUGGCAGUUUGUGCUUUACCCAUCCGUCCAAUUCAGUUGUAUGAAACCAGGAUGCCUCAAUUGAACUGCGGAUUAACUUGGGGUUAACAUCUGGUUUUUUUUCUGCUUUACUCUGCAUUUAUGUCUUUGGGGGGUUUAAUCCUGAAAAUAAAAGUACAACUUGAAUUAAUCAUCUUAA